CUUCUUCAUUUUUCCAAGGAGUUGCGCAACGGACAAGAUGCAGCACGACCCGACCGCGUCGGUGGACCUCACCGAGGUCGACGUCUGCAUGACCGACGUGAUGAGCCCUCGGGCGGAAGCAGAGUCUGCUGCCGAUGGUGACGUGGCCGCGCGCGGGAGCCCACGAUCGCCGGCCAGCGCGAUCGACACGACCCACCUCGACCAGGCGAUGACGACGAUGGCGGUGAUCACAGUGGACGACGAGGCGAAGCGACCAUCGCCGACAGCAGCCGCGCCGGCGCCGAGACCAAGCGACGGUGCAUCGCCUCGGACAUCGCCUCGGUCGUCUCCCAAGGCCAAGCCCGACAGCAUCUACUGGGUCAAGCGGACGAAAUUCCUCCAGCGCGACGUGCUGUACAUUUGCCAGAACGUCAACGGUCCGUGCCCGCUGCUCGCGAUCUGCAACGUGCUCUUGCUGCGGGGCCAUUUGCACCUUGACGCGUGUGUGCGGGCGACGCCGGCUGGCCAAGGCUACGUGUACGCGCGCGAUGUCAUGGAGCUGGUCCAGCAGCGCAUCCUCGCGACCAACGCCCACUUUUCCGAGGCAGAGAAGGCGACCGUCCAGGAAGUCGUCGACCUCAUUCCGUCGCUGCACGUCGGCUUGGACGUCAACGUUCAGUUCCACGCGAUUGACGCGUUCGAGUACACGAGCGCGCUGGCGAUUUUUGAUUUGCUCGCGAUGCGCCUCGUGCACGGCUGGGUCGUCGACCCGCAGGACGUGGCGACGGCCUCGGUCAUCGGCACCAAGUCGUACAACCACAUCAUCGAGACGGUGAUUGACCACCACUCGGUCGGCGACGACAGCAGCGCCGCCGCAUCCACCAUGGUCAAGGAGCGGUCGCUCUCAAUGGAGGACGCAGUCGCCAAGGUCCAGCAGGUCCAGCACGACGGUCCGAUCAUUGAGCAAUUUCUCGCCGAGAGCGCCAACCAGCUCACGUUUGCCGGCCUCGUCUUGCUGCACGAAGACGGCAUCAAAGAGCGGGAGCUGGCCGUGUUUUUCCGCAACAAUCACUUUUCGACCAUCUUCAAGAUUCAUGGCGCGCUCUACCUCCUCGCCACGGACGCUGGCUACUAUGACGAGCCGAGCGUCAUUUGGGAAAACUCGACGAGAUUGACGGCGACAGCGAGUACUUUACGUGCGCGUUUACGCCGGUCGUUGCCCGCGACACGAAGCAGCAAGCGCUCUUGGCACCGCAACCCGCCGAGCCGACGCCGCCCAUGAUCUCAGAGGACGAUGCCGACUAUCUCAUGGCGCUGCGCCUCCAAGAAGAAGAAAACCGAAUGGCAAAAGGCGCGGUGCCCGAGCCAGCGCCACGGCCGCCGUCGCCACGUCGACCGCCAAGCCCGCGUUCGGUGCCACCGAUGCUCUCGGGCGUGAGUGUCGACCCGCUCGAGAUGACGGACGACGAGCUCCGACUCCAGCGGGAGGCAGAGGCGUACUACAAGCAGCAGCAGCUCCGCGCCCAGCGCCAAGCGAUUGGCAACCAACCAGAAAUUCGGCCACAGCUGCCGCGACGCGAGGGCACCGCAGCGUCACGCCCACGACGCAGUAUGACCAACAACAACACCAAUGACGCUGGCUGUCGUGUGAUGUAAUUCUCAACACGUUUCGUUUUCCAUCCACUCGAGCUGG